AUGACAAGAAGAAUCAAUAGUCUGGUUAAAUAUUGGAAAUCCAUUCUGCAAACAUCUGAAAGAAAGAAAUGGGUCAUGUUCAAUAAUGGUUCUGUUGUCAUUUUCAUUGAUAGAGACGAAACUCUUAACAAUUCACUCAUCCAAGAUGCCAAAGAAAUUAUGCAACGAGAUGGAAUAGUCAUUCCAGGAACUCCACAUGGUGACUUUAAUGUUAUUGAAAUAGACACUCCAGAACCUGGUUGUGUAGUGACAGGUCAUAAUCCAAAUUUGUUAGUUGUUUCUUUGGAUUCACUUGAAGAUUGGAGUGAAAGAAGUUUGCCAGCAGUUUUAAUGUUGAGAAUGAGAAGACAUUUGGAUGCACAAGAGCUUGAUGUGGUGGCUUGUAGUGAAGAUGAUUUAAUUCAGUAG